GGGUGGGGGUUACGGCCCUGUUUAUAAUUCACAGUCUUUGUUCGAAAAUUACUUUUUGGCGGAUGGGAUGACUAAUGUGGGAUACGAUAACAGGACCCACAUACGAAAAUUUCUACCUGAUGACACACCUUUUUAAGGCAGAAACUGACUCAGAGAAUGUCAAGUUCACUAUGCCAGCUCAUGGAAAUGGAAUCAAAUAGAGAACCAUAUUUUUCUGGCUUUGAAUGAAUGAAGAAAAAACUAGGUCUUCAAAAACAUGUCUCAUAAUUAACUCUUUUCGUACCUCACAGCGAGAUGUUUAUUAUACUUUCUUAAUAGACCAUGGUUACAGCCUCUGAAUAUUUCUAUGUUUGUUUACAAUAAGAUUUUCUGUGAAUCAUCAUAGAAGCCCAUUCUGCCUGUCCCGGGCCCCUGCCCUUUGGCCACAGGCCUCUUAUCCGUCAGCAAGGUUUGUUUACAUGGGAGGCUGAAACAACUGUUUGAUGACGUGCCUGCAAAAUGGCGGAGAACGGACACUCGGAAAAAGGAGGAGAUGAAAUUGAAGACAUUGCUUGGCGGACUGACCUUCUCCUGUGUCUUUCAAAACAACCAGAUGUUGAACGACUUAGAGAGCUUUGCAAAGGGAAAAAGAUCCCGUCAAGAAUGAGGCCAGAGCUAUGGAAGGCAUUGCUGAAUAUCGCAGGCAAACCAGACGCAAUCAGUACAUGGGAUGGUGUGCUUGAUCUAAAUGAGCAGGAUGUUUUGUCAGAGGACUGCAGAUUUCAAGCAGCUAAACUCCGUAUCACCGAAGAAGAUGAAGAGGAAGUUGCACGUGAUAUGGAAGGUCUGAUCACAUUUUACUGUAAAUCAAGGAACGAAAAGUACAGGACAACAAGUGGACUCAUUGAACUUCUUUCUCCAUUUAUUACACUGAAGCUACCGUUAAGCGAUGUUUAUAACUGUUUCUACGCCAUGCAUUCAAAAUACAUCCCAAGGGAGUGCUAUCGAGAUGGGAAGCCAUUCAGCCUGUUCAGGCAGAUUCUCCAGUAUCAUGAUCCUUUGCUCUGCUCUUUUUUGGAUUCGAGAAAGAUCCCGCCUGACUUGUAUGGACAGAAAUGGCUGCGAAGCCUGUUUGCGUCAGUUUGUGAUUCUGAUGUCAUUCAAGCAAUGUGGGACGCCUAUCUCCUAGAUGGAGACUCGUUCUUUGUUUUCUUCUUAAUGCUCGUUAUGGUCUUAAAUGCCAAGGAACGAAUUUUAGAAAUGUCCAAGAAAAACAAAUCAGCUAUAAUAGAUAUGAUUACUGCGUUCCCGCAAGACCUCGGAGCCGAUGACAUUGAAGACUUUUGCAUCCUUGCGAGGUACUAUUCCACUCGGACGCCCCAGUCUUUCAGAAAGGACUUUCAACCUGUCCUUUUUGGGUCGAAGAUUGCAAACCCUGAAACCUCAUACAGCUCACUUUGCUUGCAAAUUUCGGCAGCAGAAGUUAUGGAGAGUUACAAAAAUCAAGAUGAAGAUGCCGUUCAUUACUUUUUGGUUGACUGUCGCCCGGCUGAUCAGUACAACAACGGCCAUCUGCCAACUGCAUUUCAUUUGGAUGCCAAUCUGAUGUUGCAAGCUCCGGAUGAAUUCUCGACGGCGGUUCAAGCUUUGUUUUCGUCACAACAGCAAGCGAUGGAAGCCAAAUCGGUCGCCGGCGGUGAACACCUCUGUUUCAUGGGAUCUGGAAGAGAGGCUGAGGAUCAAUAUGUUAAUAUGGUCAUUGCCAAUUUUCUUCAGCGAGGCACUCACUUUGUUGGAAUUGUCAGAGGUGGCUAUACUGCAAUCCAUGAUAUUUUAAUUGAUGAUCUCACAAACGGAUUGGCUGACCACAAUCUACAAAGAUGCAUUGUGUGUACACCUGAAGCGAUCAGUUCUGAAGACGAGAGCCAUGAGCUGUCAAGAGGAGAUCACAGCCCAACUUCUCCCAAAAACACUCUAGUUGAAAGGCUAUCCACAACUCUGAAAUCGAGGGGAGCGAACAUGAAGGAGAGGCUUGGUAAACUAAUGGAAUCAUCGGCGAGAGCACCAGAAAGGCAUGUCAGUGCUUCUGAUCGGACUGGUAAGCGAUAUAGGAACGUGAAUCUGGACAUAUUCAGCAUAGGAGAUGACGAAGAUGAGCCGAUCUCAAGCGAGGAUGAAGGUCGAAAAGAGGCUGUUAAUGUUACCACUUGGACGAAGAGAAAUGACGUAGUAGCCACGUUUCCAUGUAGUGAAAUCACGGAAUCUGGGCACAUGUACUCGAGCUACAUCCUACUUACGUUGACCAACUUGUUCAUUUUACGCGAGAUCAUCGACAGACCUGGUUGGGCACACAUAUUGAGUCGCCCUCAUCUGACAUCGAUCGUUAAAAUCACAUCAAAGAGGAAACACCCACAGUUGAUAACAUUCAAAUAUGGAACUAGUAACGGAGAAUCAUACCAGAUUACUGCCACACAGAGAUUCUUAAUUCCUGAUGCAAAAAACGCAACUAAAAAAAUCAAAGAAAGGAUUGUUAAGAUUAUCGGUGACUAGUUUUUCCAAAUGUCGUUACAUUCGCCUUGGUUUGGCGAUGUCACGAGCACUUGAAGCGUGUUGAGAGCAAACCAAGAGAGGGCCUCAAAUACAAGAAAGUAAAUCGCUUUCUUUGCCCUCUGAAAAUUCUGUGGCAUGCCUACUGACCCCCUUUCCGGACCCUGUAUUUUUCUUCGCAUAUUAAGCCUGAUUCUGUACUAAGCAGUUAAACCCGAUUAUUGGCUUGAUUCAAUCUCUAAAUUCGAUCCAAGCUCUAAACGACAGUUGCAACAGAAGGGCGUUAGGCAUGGGAUCAGUGGGUUUAGAUUAGAACCUAUUUCCGUUAUUUAUCGCCCUUUGGAUCAAUGUUGGUGUCUGCUGGAUUUCAAUGUGUCAAUCUUGACGUGCGUGAUCGUAGGCAAAGUAGGAUGCAAGGACUCAGAAAGAGGUUUAAGUUGUACAGUACAUUAUCAGGCUGUGUUUCCAUUUUCCCUUUCCCAAACAAUAUACUCUCUGAAGUCCCUAAAAAGAUGUUUUCCCGCUCGGCCCACUUACAGGGGCAAUUUCCUUGCGUUUUCAAAUUUUCAUUGUAGCUCGUUCUAAACCUUUAGGGUUGAAGCCUUUACAUUAAAGGCCAAUAGUGGAAACGCGAAUAGCUUUAGAAGUGAUUAGUUAUGAGAAGCUGCUUUGUGUCUAAAAACUAAAGAAACAUCUUGUAUCAGUAAAGUAACCUGCACAAAGUAUAAGCCAUUAUGCCUCCUUUUCACCUUUUGUUUUUGAAAGAAGACUAGAAUUAGCGCUUAGUUACUUGCGCUAACGAUUGGUGUCAACUAAAAGGACCUGCUAAUUUCUUCGAUCUUGAAUCCAAAUUGUAUUUUGUCCUUAAAAUUCAAAGAUAAAUCUGAAUUGAUUUAUCUAUUAGCG